AUCGAAAUCAAUCGCAAAUUGUCAUGUACUAGCGAUCCUCUUACAUCAUCCACAAUCCGCCGACGCUCUAUCAACUUCCGCAUAUCAGAUGAAACGCGACUGCAAUAAAUCACUGCCCCGGCGCACGUUCUGCGUUUAGUUUUUGUGCGAACGAACACCACCAACGGUAUCAACAUGCGGUCGAGCAGUGUUUGGUUAAUUGUGGUUUGUGCGGUUAUAGUUGUGUCCGGCAACAGUGAAGAACUGCUGCGGGGGAAAGAAAACUGUCUGCGGCACGAUGAUUUUCCCAGCCCGAACGAGUGCUGCUCGAAGCCCCAGUGGAUCAACCGGUACGCAGUGCGGCGAUGUCGGUACAUCCAUGCCGAGGUCGAUGGGAGCCGGUACGAGCGAGGAUCGUGUGAAGCAAGGUGUGGCCUGUUCAAGAUCAACAUGACGAUGACGGAUCGCAUUCAACGGGUGCGUGUGUACCGGCCGCGGCUGCAAACACGCGGCAUCGACCAGGGCUGGAUCAACGUUGUGCUGAAGGCGCUGAGCUACUGCAAGCCGAAGGUAACGCAGCUGCAGGGCCGGCAUGUUCGAACCGACGAGGAGAUGGAGCAGUGCGAGAUCGCGGAGGACAUCUUCGGCGACUGUGUGCAGGCGCAAAUGUUUAUGCACUGUCCCCGGGCGACGUGGAUUGAGUCGCGAUCGUGCCAGACCAUGCGUGAGCUGCUAGCGACGGGCUGUCCGUACAAAACGCUCGGCGAGGUGGUGGUGCUGAACGACGAAGGGUACGUGCGGGACGAUCGGAUACUGGAGGAGGAGUACGAUCGGCCGUACCGUGGCGGGGGGAGAACGGAAAGUCCUCGCUACGAUUACGACGAUAACGAUGGGUACAGUCGGGGAGGGCAGUAUGAUCAGCGGGGAGGCAACUAUCCGAGAGGGACGGAACGUAACCGGAAUGGAAACGGGUACGGGACGGGUGAUGAUGGAGGUUAUGUGGUGUAGAGAAAAAGAAGAAGGAAGAAGCGCUUUAACGGCCGUUUUGAAUGAAAGUUGCGUAAAAGUAUUCGUUGCAAGGGUUGCAAGUUGCACCCGAUGUUGUAUGCUCGGUGCAAGCACGACCGUCAAUUGAAAUGUUCUUGGAAGGGAAUUUUUUUUACUUAAAUUAGUAAAUUUAGAAAUAAAUUAAGAAAGAGGAGAAAGUUGUUUUUAGUUGAUAGUGUGUCAUAUUUUUAUAGAAAGUUAAUAAGCAUUUCAUUGCUGAUUUUGCUUCCACAUCGGAUUUUGCAGCGAUUCUACUGAUAAAAGUUCCAAAAAAAGACG